CUACAAGAACAAAGAAGAGCGCCCAUGUACUCUGUGCAGUCACAUUAACAUGGACAGCACUGUCGACCAAUCACAUUCUAGUAUUCCACGAGUGGGCGGGGCACGUACUCAUGAAUAUCCAACAAGCGCACUCGGUCGGCAGUGGCACAGAGAACAAGGCGUCCGUGUAGUGUUGUUUUUGCAUCCUAAAGCGUUGGUAUUGACAAACGGGCCUGAAGGCAGCACUAGUGGUGAAACAAGCGACCAUUCGCGUCUGUUCCUGAAGCUUUCAUUCAUUCCCGGUGGAGGACGCCGCUCUCGGUACCGUUAGGAACAUCUCCCCUGUUUGCUCGAAGCUUAGCGGCGAACAAUGUCUGGCAAAACAGCGGUGACAGCGGCGCUUAAGCCCAGCGGUAACGUCGUUAAAGCGGAUCCGCAGAAGUCAUACCCUUUUGUGUUAAAGAAGAUCAUGGACAUCCCUCCUCCCAACAUCCUGGAGGAAGGCGACGACGAAAUCGAGAAGGAGAAGCUGUGCUCAUCGGAGGAUGUGGAGGGAGGUGGGGCUGGAGCAGCCAGUGCUGGUGGAGGUUCUAGAGGAGGCAGCGGUGGUGGUGGAGGGGUAUCGGCCUCCUUGACCCCAGCCAUUUGGGAAAAGACCAUUCCCUAUGAUGGGGAGACCUUCCACUUGGAGUACAUGGACCUGGAUGAGUUCCUCCUGGAGAACGGGAUCCCUGCGAGCCUGGAGGAGGAGGAGCUGCAGAAGACUCUGGCCUCGGUGGGACUCAAAGGCAAAUACAUCCCUAAGGUUACUUCUACCGCUACUACUACUUCUGCUGCAGCCCCUGCCCCCACCUCGGCAUCAGCCACCUCCGUCCCCGCCACCUCUACAGUCACCUCAGAUCCAGAGGAAGCGGUGACAGUCACUACGUUACAACCAGCCAAGCUAGAAGAAGAGGAAGAGGAAGAGGAAGGACAAGAAGAUGACUCUUUGUCUGAGGAGGCAAGAGCAGACGUGGAAGUGAAAGAGGAGAAAACAGAUUGUAUCCCUGUAGAACGUCGCACUCCCUCCCCCAUCGACCCAGAAGCCAUUGAGGUGGACAUUAACUUCCAGCCCGACCCCACAGACCUGGUCCUGUCCAGUGUGCCGGGGGGGGAGCUGUUCAACCCGCGCAAACACAAGUUCUCUGACGAGGAGCUGAAACCGCAGCCCAUGAUCAAGAAGGCCAAGAAAGUGUUUGUUCCUGAUGAACAGAAGGAUGACAAAUACUGGUCCAGGAGAAAGAAGAACAACGUGGCAGCAAAGCGUUCUCGUGACGCCCGGCGGUUGAAGGAGAACCAGAUCACGGUGCGCGCCUCCUUCCUGGAGCGGGAAAACGCAGCGCUGCGGCAGCAAGUGGCCGAGCUGCGGAAGGACUGCGGUCGCUGCAAGAACAUCCUGACCCGAUAUGAGGCUAAGUAUGGUCCGCUGUAAAAAGAAAAGAAAAAACUAACACUCUGAAGAAAAACCCACAAAUUAUCCAUGAGACAAAAAGCAGAACUCUCUUCCCCGCAGAAUUCAACACAGACACAAACCACCAAGGAAAUCAAAAUGUUGCGUUGUUGUCUUUGCCGACCUCCAGUCACUGUGUCGAGCUCCAGCUGUUGUUUGAACGCGAUGCUGGAGUUCUGGAUACACACUGGCAGGCAGUGAGGCAUGAUGGGAGUGGUGGUCACAGGAAGGCCUGUGGAGAGCGCCUGGCUCCUACACUCAAGAGAGGAAGAGGAUGGUUGUGGACACUCCCAUGGUCAAACACACAUGGAAAAUCUGGUCUGUCUCAAGACAGUUUUCAAGAAAGUCAGGAAAUAUGAAAAGAGCAGUCUGGUACAAAAGAAUCCCAGGCUUUUAAAUACUACACAAAUCAGUUUUUAUCACUGCACACAGCACUUCUUCUUAGUGGACCAAAGCAUGAGUAGCGUCAGUUAGAAGUCCUGUAUUUAGAACGGUGCACACUUGUCGUCCGUCCCUUACAUUUCCUUGUGUUGCACCUAUGUUUGUGUCUGUACUUCCUUUCAAAAUACUCCGGCUGAGGCUCAGACGAUAGCAGGAUAGAAGAGGAACAGAUGAGUACACGGAUAAAAGAGCAGGGGACAGAUUCGAAGUAGCACUUCCAGCCUGAAGAGAAAGAUGGCAAAGACCUCAGGUCGGCAGAGGAGAAAAGGAUGACAGUCCGUUAGUUCUUCCUUUUUAAACCAAUGACACAAAUGGAAGGUCCAUAGUACAUAAAAAUUGACAAUAUUUACAAAACGUCUUAUAACCCACAUGCACACCAAAACUGUAUACUGUAUAUAGUCAUCUCCCUGCACCACAUAGAUACAGUAUGUGCGUGUAUCAGUGUGUAAUCCAUUUUUGCACUUUCUCUUAAAAAAACACAGUAUGUAAAGAUUACAGAUUACAGUGGUGGCAGGUAUCUAGAUCGAUCCUUUAUCCCCGGAGGAAAUUCACAUGAGCCGUACACAUAUAAAAAAAAUACACUGAACAAAGAAUAGUGCAGGGAAUCAAUCUAAUAACAAAAUCAAAAACAACUAACUUAUUUACCACCGCCACCACCAUUGGAGACACAGUAGCUUAUUAGGGGGAAAAAACAUGCAUGACCUACAAUUUAAAGCUACUGUGAUCUAGUUACCUUUUCUACUAACCUUAGAUCAGCUUCCAGAGCCUCAAACAAGAUGUUGUUAAAGAAGGCAGACUUUGUGUUUCCUUGAAAGAUGAUAUUUUAUAAACGAAGAGAGAGUUUGUAGUUUCUUUUGUAAGUUAGGUUUGAAGAAGGCAUAUGUCUGGUGAUCUGCAGGGCCCUCACAGGUGGAGGGGUAUGUUCAUGCGUAGGGAUGUUUAUUUUACUGCCCACUGCAGGUAGAGGGCGCUAGAGCCACUGCCUGUCUGGUCAUGGUGUAGUGAUGGCUGGGCUGAUUUUAAAAAGAAGAAAAGAUUUAACCAGGCCCAAAGUUGACUGCUUCUAAACCGUGUAAAUAAAAGUCUCAUGGUCUUUACUACCUAAGACAGGUAGUAAAGACUGUGUCUUUACUAACCUAAUACUAUUCCUUUUAUUUGCCAAUAGUCAAAGAGUGCUGUACUUGAUACUGAUGGUAAUAAUGCAUCUGUUGAUUGUGAUGUACAACAAUACGUCAGAUAAUUCUAUUUCCAUUGAGGAACAAUACUUCUAAUGAAACCAAUGCAGGGAAAAUAAAUGGAUAGACUGUGCUUUUGGAUGUUUGUUUUAAAAACAGAUUUCUAUAGAUUUUCUUUUUUUCUCUAUAGACAUACAGCAUGUGUCUGAACAUACAAUGGACAGGGCACACUCUUAUAUACCUCAUCCAACACUUCCUAUUUUGAAUAAUUAAAAGUUUGGUAGGGCAACAAAGUGGUGUUGGUUGAAGCAGAGAGCACAAAGGAAGCAGCUUAGUUCCAUUUGGCAAAACCUUGACUCCCGAGUUGAUAAAUUGAGUUCUUUUUGCUAAACUGGUCUGAGUCUGUGACAAAAUUAGUAAAUACAUUACAGACUGUUAUGGGACUCUAUAUCUUAAGUGUCUUUGGCUGAUGCACAUUUUGUGAUCAGUCGGCUUGCGCUCAUAAUCGACGUAAUCUUGGAAAGAAAAUAAAUGUGGCAAUAAAUAAUAUGUUAUGUAAUGCUCGUUUUCUUUCAGUGAUGAUGUAUGUACAAUUGUUAAUGAUGUACUAAAUAGAAAUGCCCCCAAAAGUCAUUUGUGCUUCCAGUUUAGAUCCUCUGUAGUCUAGGAUCCUAAUGCAUGAAACCCAGUAAACUUGUCUUUUCUUUUUCUUGAAUAUUUUACACCAAGUGUACUUAUGUCUGUGAACCAUCACUAAAAACUACAUAUGUUUUUGGAUGGGUAGGUUGAUGGUCUCUUGUACAGUUCUGUCGAAAGAAAAAAGCAGGACAUCUUUGCUGUGAUGUCCUGUGUUUAUGACUUCAUGACUUGCAUAAUAGCUCCACCUAUCCUUGUGCAGCCAGUGCUUGAUCUUGGGGCGAACAUCAGCUGAAAACGGCAUCUUUUGAUCACUGUGUGGAUUGUUUUCUAUUUACUAAAUAUUGAUCUACAUCUAGAUACACUGGAUCAGUUGGUGAUUUCGUGUUUUCUUGGUGGAUUUUGUGUUUCAGUUUCCUGUAGUGUAAGACAUUUCUUAACAAUGUGUUUUAUGUUACAUUGACAUUCAAACUUGGCAUUGACUUUAUUAUGCUGUUUUAUACAUCAAUGUGGUUGAUGAAUGCAGACUUUUAGUUUUCUUAACUAAAU